GGACGUUGAUAUUUAACAUAACCUUAAACAACAAAGGCACAUGUUAUGAGUGUGACCAUUCCUUACUUGAGAUUCGAGGGUGAAAAUGUGCGAGGAACGCUUGAAAUAUGACAAUAAAUUCAUCCUUGCACCUAUGGUGAGGAUGGGAACUCUUCCCAUGAGGUUACUAUGCUUGGAUUAUGGAGCUGAUAUUGUUUAUACUGAGGAAUUGAUUGAUUGGAAACUCAUGAGAUCAUUCAGAAGAUAUAAUGAUGUUUUAAAGACUGUUGACUUCUUGGACAAAUCUGAUGGUACAGUUGUGUUCAGAACCUGUGCUAAAGAGAAGGACAGGGUUGUGCUCCAGAUGGGUACCUGUGAUGCAGGUCGGGCUUUGCAAGUAGCUAAGUUGGUAGAGAAUGAUGUUGCUGGGAUUGAUAUCAAUAUGGGUUGUCCAAAAGAGUUUUCUGUGAAAGGUGGCAUGGGGGCUGCUCUCCUAACAAAACCAGAGAAGGCUAAAGAAAUCUUAAGUACUUUAGUGCAAAACAGUAAAAUUCCAAUAACUUGCAAAAUUCGCGUUUUUGAUAAUGAGGAGAAUACCAUUAAAUUGGUCAAAGAUUUUGUAUCCACUGGUAUCUCAGCUAUUGGAGUCCAUGGUAGGACAAAAUAUGAAAGACCCAUGCAUGCUAAUAGAAACAGUACAAUUAAGAAGAUUGCUGAAAGUAUAAAUAUUCCUGUUAUAUCAAAUGGUGGAUCAAGGGAGAUUUUGAAAUACGAAGACUUGGAGAAAUUCAGGAAGGAUACUGGUAGUUCUAGCGUGAUGAUAGCGCGCGUAGCUCAAGCAAAUUGUUCGAUAUUCUGUAAAGACGGUAUGAAAGAUUUGGAGGAUGUAAUCAAAGCGUACUUGAAAUAUUCAAUAGAUUAUGAUAAUUCGCCUAGCAACACCAAGUACUGCGUGCAGAAUAUGUUGAAGGAAUUGCAAGUGACACCAAGAGGAAAAAAGUUCUUGGAAUGUCAAACAAUGGAACAAAUUUGUACAAUUUGGGAAAUGGGCGAAUACUGUCGACAAAAACAACUUGAGUUUCAAUCGAAAGGCAUUUUAGGCCGACGGGAGAUAACUCCUGACAUGUUUAAUCCGAAGCCAAAGAAGAUGAAAAUGGAUGAAGAUGAGGAUGUAAUUAAGAAACAAUGCGCUUUCGUCAGAGCUUCCUAUCAGCGUGAUCCGGAUUUGCCGAAGAGUAAAUUGGUGAUUUACUGCAACGAGAAUCAGUUGAAACCAAGCUACGAAAUUAUUCACGAGGAUAAAUUGUUCAGAGCUAUACUGACUCUGGACAAUAAACGUUACAGCUCUACAUUUUGGGAAAAGAACAAACGCAACGCUGAACAGGGAGCUGCGAUAGUGUGCUUGCUAUCAUUGGGUAUAAUUGAUUUGGAGAGUUUGAUCAAAGGGGGAAGCAUAUUGAAAUGAAGAUUUUUAUUUUUAACUAUAAAUUAUUUAUAUAAUAUAAGAGAAAAUCCGAAGAAAAAAAAGAAAAUAGA